GCGUGAAGCGUGAGGCGCACGGAGCGAGCACACAAGCCGCGCCGGACAGCAGAUCGCUCCGCACAUUGGAAAGGAAGUUUUGUUGACCCGUUUGCCGCAGCACAUGUCUUGGAGAGAGGCAUGAGGGUGAUCUCCCGUCAGAUCUGGUCUUCCGUCUGACAAGUACUCACACCUGAUCGCACGAGAGGGACUCGGUUUCGCCCGCCAGCGCGUCACUCGGUCAUCGCAUCACUCAGCUGAUUUGAUUGUUAUCGCAACAUCGCCCGCCGUCUGUCUGUCGCGAUGGGGUGCUCCUGGUUCGAGGAGUGGAGCAAGGCCGUGACCAACUUCAAGCACAAGCUCACCGAGAGCAUCGACUCGGCCUUCGAGAGGUACACGGGCUUCGUGUACGACCACCCCUGUUGGGUAAGCAAAGUCAUUCACACACACACACACACACACACACACACACAUAGACACAGACAGAGAGGGAGGUCCUCACCUCACAGCGGUUCUGCCAUCGUGUCUUGUGGUUGUGUGACUGUGUUGGCAGUUCAUAUGGAUUCCCGCGAUAGUGUCGAUAGCCAUGGGGUCUGCGUGGAUCUUGCGCGAGGCGGAGGCCAACCCCCGGACACUCUACGCCAAACCCACAUCAGACGCCAUGAGCGUAACCAUCACACACGCACACGCGACUGGCGGGCACAGAUGUGGUCUCACGUGUGCGAUUUGUGUUGGGUUGUGUCUGUUGAUUGACGGACGUCUAUUAUCAGGACCUGGCCUUGAUCCAGGAGAGGUAUGGCGACUGGCCGCGUGUGACGUUCCUGCUGUUUGUGGGGGAGGAUGGCAAGAACCUGCUGGACGAGGACGUCCUGUACAGGGCCAACCAAAUGGUGGAGGGGCUCAACAAUCGCAAUGUCACUGUCAACGGCAAGGAAUACCCCUUCGAUGAAGUCUGCGUCAAGGGUACGUGA